AUGUUGAACAAUUCCGGAGCGCGGUACAAGCGAAGCUCGCUGGAAAUUAUCACAAACCGCUUCAUCCUUUAUUGCAUCCUGAUCCUUAUCGGUAUGUGCCUAUUCGCUGGUAUCGCUUCAACCCUCUGGCUCCUAUCCUUUUCACCGCACACUGGCCGUGUCAUUUUCAUAAUUAUGAUCACCAAAUCAGCUGUUACCGAUGGCAUUCUCAAUCUAGUCUCCGCCAUUCUCAACUAUCAGAUUCUGAUACCUCUGUCGCUAUACAUUUCGGUAGAACUUAUUAAACUUGGCCAGAUUUAUUUCAUCUCACAGGAUGUGAAAUUGUACUGCGAACGCCGUGAUCGUGCUAUGGAAUGCCGAUCGCUGAACAUUCCGGAAGAACUCGGACGUGUGCAGUACAUCAUGUCAGACAAAACUGGAACCCUUACCGGUCUAUCCUCAAUUCCUUCAGUUCACUUUUCUUAA